AUGGCCCCAAAGAACAAGGGAAAGAAGGGAAAGAAGCAGGACGACGACGACGACGACUUCUGGGAAAAGGCGGGCACGUCCGUCGCAGGCAACAAUCCCGUUGCAGACGCGGGUAACGCAUCGGAUGAGGACUUCAGCGCGCCGAAGGGCAAGGGCAAGGCCGGUGCGUCCUCUGUGUUCGCAGCCCUGGGCAUGGAGGAUGGCGAGGCCGCGGAGGAAGAUGAGGAGGGGGAUUUCGGUGGGCUGAUGUCUACGAUCAAGGCGGCGACGCAGAAGGGCAAGAAGGAUAAGAAGAAGGACAAGAAGAAGGGCGGGUUCAGUGCACUCGAGUUCGAGGAUGCCCCGGCAGGAGGCGAGGACGGCGAGGCCGCCGCACCCAAGGCGGGCGUGCAGAUGACGGCAGAUGAGAUCGCCGACGAGGAGUGGGGCCCGGUAAAGGAGAAGGGCAAGAAAGGGAAGAAAGGGAAGAAGAAGGGCAAGGCGCAGGACGAGGAGAAGGAGGACGAGGAGGAGAGGCCUGGUGAGUACUUUCCGUUGCACACGGGAGGCUUCAGCACGAGGGCUGAUUGGGAUGUAGCCGAGACGCCUGCCACUCCCGCCGAGGCGGCGCCUUCACCUGCCGUAGCGGACAAGGAGCUCGAAGAGGAUGCGGCGGAAGAUGCGGGCCCAAAAGUUCUCUCCAAAAAGGAGAAGGAGAAGCUGAAGAAGGAGAGAGAAAAGGCGAAGAAAAAGGAGCAAGCCGCUGCGAAGAAAGCUCAAGCUGGCGACAAUGAGGCAGCACCCGCACCCGCACCCGCACCUUCAGAACCAGCACCUCCCGCCCCCGCCGCAGAAGGAGAUGACGACGACGAGGGCGACGAAGCAGCCGGUGGGGGUGGAGGUGACAAAAAGAAAAAGAAGAAGAAGAAGGCGAAGAAAGACGAUGAGCCUGCACCUGCACCUGCGAAGAAGAAAGCCGGCGGUGGUAUCGGCGCACUGAAGGCGCUGAUGGAGGAGAAGAAGAGGCUGGAAGAGGAGGCGAGGAGGAGGGAAGAAGAAGAGCGGAAACGGAUAGAGGAAGAGGAGAGGAUUGCCGAGGAAGAGGCUCGCAAGAAGGAGGAAGAGAAGCAGAGGAAGAAGGAGAAGGAGAAGGCCAAGCGCGAGAUCGCGAAGAAGGAGGGCCGGUUGCUCACCAAGAAGCAGAAGGAAGAGCAGCGCGCUGUAGAGCUCCGGAAGCAGGCCCUCCUUGCCUCUGGCGUCCAGAUCGAAGGCCUACAGCAGGGUGGCAGCGGUCCGGCCCCCAAGCGCGUCGUGUACGACAACCGCAAGAAGAAAAAGGCCCCAGCCAGCGCGGCAGGAACGCAGACCAACAGCCAUCCCGGCACGCGCGAUCCCUCGCCCGUGCGCGAGGCCUCUCCUUCGCCCGCUCCGGAACCUGCCCCGGCACCCUCUGCUGCGGCUCCCGAAGCUCCUGCAUCCGAAGCGGACGACGACGUCAAGGAUGACUGGGAGGCGAGCAGCGAUGAGGAGCAGGAGAAGAAGGAAGCCGUAAAGGACUCGUGGGAUGCGGACAGCGACGAGGAGGAAAAGCACCACCGACGAAACCUGCCCCCCUCGUCCAAGGCUGCCCCUGCUCCAACGAAGGCUGCUCCCGUGAAGGGCGCGCCGGUCAAAGCGGCGAACGGUGGCGCCAAGGCUGUUCCUGCAAAAGCCACACCGGUGGCGAAGCCUGCUAAUGGAGGCGAUAAGCCCGCUACGAAGAAGGUGGAGGAGGAGGAGGAAUCGUCAGAAGAAGAGUCCUCGGACGAAGACGACGAGGACGAGGACUCAUCCGACGAGGACAGCUCAGAGGAGGAUAGCGACGACGGCCUGACCCAAACCCAGAAGAUGGCGGCGCAGCGUAAGGCGGAGGCGGCAGCGCGCCGGCAAGCGGCCCAUGAGAAGGCGUUGGCGGAGCGGAACAAGGACGACCUCCGGAGUCCGAUUUGCUGUAUCCUGGGACACGUCGACACGGGAAAGACGAAGCUUCUCGAUAAGAUUCGGCAGACGAACGUGCAGGAGGGAGAAGCGGGUGGUAUUACGCAGCAGAUUGGUGCGACGUACUUCCCAGUGGAUGCCAUCAAGACGAAGACGGCCGUCAUGAACAGGGACGGCUCGCAGGAGUACAAGAUCCCCGGUCUCUUGGUUAUCGACACUCCCGGACACGAGUCGUUCACCAACUUGCGUACCCGUGGUAGCUCUCUCUGUAACAUCGCCAUCCUUGUCGUCGACAUCAUGCAUGGUCUCGAGCCCCAAACGCUUGAGUCUCUCCGCCUCCUCCGUGACCGCAAGACGCCGUUCAUAGUUGCCCUUAACAAGAUCGACCGUAUCUACGGUUGGGAUGCGACGCCUGACAACGACUUCCGGAGCUCCCUCGCGAAGCAGAACCAGGGCGUGCAGCGCCAGUUCGAAGACAUGUCCAAAAAGAUCAUUCUCGCGUUCGCCGAGCAGGGUCUCAACGCCGUGCUCUACUACGAGAACAAGAACUUCGCGCGCAACGUCUCGAUUGUGCCCACCUCGGCCAUAACUGGCGAGGGUGUGCCAGACAUGAUCAUGCUCCUUGUCAACCUGACGCAGCAGCGCAUGAGCGACCGGCUGAUGUACAUCGCCGAGCUCGAAUGUACGGUGCUCGAGGUCAAGGUCAUCGAAGGUCUGGGUACGACCAUCGAUGUCGUCUUGUCGAACGGUUAUUUGCACGAAGGAGACAAGAUCGUGAUUUGCGGUCUCAACGGGCCCAUCGUCACUCAAGUCCGUGCAUUGCUCACACCGCAGCCUCUCCGUGAGCUGCGUAUCAAGUCUGCAUACGUCCACCACAAAUCAGUUAAGGCCGCGCUCGGUAUCAAGAUUGUCGCCCCCGACCUCGACAAGGCCAUUGCCGGCUCGCGUCUGCUCGUGUGCGGGCCCGACGACGACGAAGAUGACCUGACGGACGAGGUCAUGUCCGACCUAACCACGCUGCUCAACUCCAUCGACAAGUCCGGGCGCGGUGUGUGCGUGCAGGCGAGCACGCUCGGGUCACUCGAGGCCUUGCUCGACUUCCUCAAGUCGUCCAAGAUCCCCGUGUCUGGAAUCAACAUCGGCCCCGUGCACAAGAAGGACAUCAUGCGCGCGUCGACCAUGCUGGAGAAGGCGAAGGAGCUCGCGUGUAUCCUGUGCUUCGACGUCACUGUCGACAAGGAGGCGGAGAAGUUGGCAGAGGAAAUGGGCAUCAGGCUAUUCAGGGCCGACAUCAUUUACCAUCUCUUCGAUGCGUUCACUGCGUACAACCAGGAGAUCAUGGAGGCGAAGCGGAAGGACGCCGCGCCGCAGGCCGUGUGGCCGUGUCGUCUCAAGACUAUCGCCUGUUUCGCGAAGCGCGACCCGAUCAUUCUGGGUGUGGACAUUCUCGAUGGCACAUUGCGUGUCGUUGACCCGGAGACGAACAAGAAGGAGAUCAUCGACCUUGGCAAGAUCACCUCGUUAGAGAUCAACCACAAAUCCUUAGAGAUUGUCAAGAAGACCCAGGCCGGUGGUGGUGUCGCGGUCAAGAUCGAGCAUGCGGUAUACCAGUCAGCGAAGAUGUUCGGCAGGCAUUUCGACGAAAAGGACGAGCUCUACUCGCACAUCACACGACAGAGUAUUGACGUCCUGAAGUCUUCGUUCAAGACUGACGUCACGAAUGAAGAGUGGCUGCUCAUCAAGGCGCUCAAGCCUGCCACCGUCACGCCCGCCGCGGCUUUCGACGCCGAAAGUUCUUCCGUCGCCGGUCUCGAUGAAGACGAGCUCAAACUGCGCAAGCUCGGAUACAAGCAGCAACUGCACAGAAGUUGGCACUUCGUCGAAAGUUUUGCGGCAAGCUUUGUCGCGAUGAACUUCAUCGGCGGCGUUCGAUCCGGUUUCUUCCUCGGCCUGCUCGCCGGCGGUCCUGCUGCCAUCUGGUCGUCAUACAUCAUCUCGAUGAUAUUUAUGUUCAUCACCGCGGCGGUCCUCGCGGAGAUCUGCUCUGCGCUCCCCCUCAGCGGUUCGAUUUAUAUCUGGUCUGCUGAAAGUGCGGGUCCGAAGUAUGCUCGCUUCUUCGGGUUCGUCGUCGCAUGGUGGUCGUGCACCGCUUGGAUGACCUUUGCAGCCGGAAAUUGUCAGACAACCGCGAAUUAUAUCGUGUCCCAGCUUGCCGUGUGGGAGAUUGAUUUUCCUGGGGGCGUUAGCAAUGACAACAUCAAGUGGCGAGCCCUCAUUUGGGCGGUGUCCGAAGGCAUCCUCAUGGUGUCCAUUGCUAUCAACUAUCUGCCUCCUAGGUUGUACUCCGCGGUCUUCAAGCUCUCAAUGGCCAUCUACGCUCUCGACUUCCUGCUCUGCGUCACAUGGCUGCCGAUCGGGGUUUCGAGGACGUACGGUUUCCGCUCCGCCAAAGAAGUGUUUACGAUGACCAACAAUGGCACGGGUGCGCCCGCAGGAUGGAACUGGAUCCUUUCCUUCUUGUUCACCGCCGGUACCAUGAUCGGUUUCGAUGCCUCCGGACAUGUUGCCGAAGAGACCAAGAACGCCAGUGUGGUUGCAGGACGCGGGAUCAUCACCAGCGUGAUCGCCACAGGCGUUAUGGGAUUCGUGACCACGAUCCUCUUCUUGUUCUGCACACCCGACCUGGACGACACGCUGUUCACCGCCCCUCAACCUUUCGUCCAGAUCUAUGCGCUCGCCCUCGGCAAGGGAGGAAGCGUCGUCAUGACUGCCAUUGCCUCUCUUGGUCUCAUCCUGAGUACCAGUGUCGCCAUUGUGGCUGCCUCCAGGCUAAUAUUCGCCGUUGCACGUGAUGGCCGUGUCGACAGCGCAAAGCAACCUCGCAAUGCGGUUACCGUGAUGUUCAUCUUCGGCGCUGCCAUCCUGUGCACUAUCCUACCCAGUCAGGUCGCAUUCACGUCCCUCAUCUCUGCUGGAGGCAUUCCUACGACGGCCGCGUACGGCUUGAUCGCUCUCCUCCGGCUCACGAUGACACCCAACGACUUUAAGGGGUCGCAUUUCUUCCUGGGUCGCUGGCGCACGCCAUUCUACGUUUCGACCGUGCUUUUCAACGCGCUAAUCUUCGCGGUCCAAGUCUCGCCUUUCUCCUUCCCCGUGACUGCCGAAACGUUCAACUUUGCCGGAGUGAUCCUCGGAGCAGUUACCAUCUUUGGUAUCGCUAGCUGGUACUUUGUCCCGGAGGAGAAGUGGCUUCGCCGCGAGCAGGUGAUGCGGCAGCUGCGCGUGGCCGAUGAACCUCUGUCUGGCGAAGAACCUUUCGGGACGGUUUCGACUCAAGGUUCCGCUUUGAAGCACGAUGACUAG